UUCUUAACGGGCAUAAAAUGGCUCCAUCUUCUCUCUGAUUAUCUUCAAGACAACAUUCAAACCUCCUGCAUUUAAACGGGAAUUUGUUUUGUUUUAAUGAAAAUGCAAAUCUUGUCAUAAUCAGUUUUAGUGAGAGACAUUCUCAUUUCAACAAGAUAAUGCUCAUGUAUUCAUUUUCUAGCGUUCGCAAUUAAACCAUUCCAUACAUUAACGGGGAAAAAAAUCACUGUCCGGUUCAUUUAAAAGAUCCUGCACACUGGAUCGGCUCAGUCAACAGAGUCCCUCCUCUGAGUGCCACGCCCACCAACUGACGCUGAACAACAACACAAUGCACACCCCUCUCUGAGAUGCUCCGUGGCCGCUUCCACGCACAAACUGCCACUCUGUCCGCCUGUUGGAGCUGCAGCUCGGACAUCAUGGAGGUUUUCAUGUCUGUUUAAAGUCACGAUCCUCUGAAGCAGAUGCGAUGCGAGUUUAGCGCUGAACUCGCCAUCUAUCCGUCCAUCCAUCAGCCGAACCAUGGCUCCGUCCCUCCUCCGAGCCUGCCGCAGUCUGGCUGUGUGGACCUGGCUGCUGUCCUUCUGCUUCGUCCAGCUGCUCUGCCUGGACUUCACGGCUGCAGAGAAGGAGGAGUGGUACACGGCCUUCGUCAACAUCACCUACCUGGACCCCGUUUCCUCGGAGGUGCGGACGGAGAAGACCGAGUGCGGCCGGUACGGAGAGCACUCGCCCAAGAGAGAAGCCAGAGGUCGGGUUCUGAUCCCCGGCCUCCCGCAGGACAGACAGGGCUGCGACCCGAACGUCCGCUUUCCCCCGGUUCCCCAGAACACGGCCUGGGUGGCGCUGGUGGCUGAGGGAAACUGCACAUUUAGAGAGAAAAUCCGCAUCGCCGCAAACAGCAACGCGUCUGCGGUUGUUAUAUACAACAGUGCCAACGACACCAUCACGAUGCCCCACUCAGAUACAGGCGACAUCGUGGCUAUCAUGAUCCCUGAACCUAAAGGUCGGGAGAUUGUGAAUUUGCUGGAGCAGCGCUUUGUGGUGGUGAUGCACAUCAGUGUGGGAACCCGCAACCUGCAGAAAUAUGUGAGCAGAACGUCUGUGGUGUUUGUCUCCAUCUCCUUCAUCGUCCUCAUGAUCAUCUCACUCGCCUGGCUCGUGUUCUACUACAUCCAGAGGUUCCGCUACGCUAACGCACGAGACCGCAACCAGAGGCGUUUGGGAGAUGCUGCUAAAAAGGCCAUAAGUAAGCUUCAAGUGCGUACUUUAAAGAAAGGAGACAAGGAAACUGAGCCAGACUUUGACAACUGUGCAGUUUGCAUUGAAUGCUACAAACCUAAUGACGUUGUGAGGAUAUUACCCUGCAGACACGUCUUCCAUAAACACUGUGUAGAUCCGUGGCUGCAAGACCACAGAACGUGUCCGAUGUGCAAAAUAAACAUCCUGAAAGCUCUGGGAAUUCCUUUCAGUGCUGACUGCACCAAUGAGACUCCCCCAGAUUACGAGACAAGUGUUGGGGGUCCUCUGACCAAUCCCAUCAGCGCUGCGAGUGAAAUCACAGUCAAUGAAAGUUCAGUGGUGCUGGAUCCUGUGGGAAGGGUGAUAGAUCUGCAUCAACUCCAUCAUUACCAAGAAACGACGUCGCAGGCAGGACAGAGCCACAUUAUUGCAAGCUGUGAGAACCAGCCUCCGAUGAGCAGCGAUUCAGACACGUCUGCUAUCCUGAGUGUUGAUGCCAGCGCGUCAGAAGCAGACUUUCCUUUGGAGCAGGAGCGCGAUGACGCAAAGUCCCGGGACAAUACAUGUUGAGGAGACAUUUUUCAGAAAAGAUGCACAAAAGCUACACAUGAGGGAUUGAGAGAUUAUUCACGUCUGGUCGUAAAGAAGAUCCAAAAACACUUGGUUCUGUUUCACUGACUAUAAACAGAUUUGUCAUGUUGCUUGUUGUGCUUCAUGGAGAACCAGACCUUGAGGAAUAUCUCUCGCAUUGUUAAACCUCAGAGCGGUUUCACAAGCUUCAAAGACAAACUGACGAUGAUGAUGGAGACUGGACACAACAUGGCCUCCAUAAUGCAUGUGUGCAGCUUCAGUCAGCAUGACAUCAAGGAUCACUGCCAAAAACAUACAGUGCACACUUAGGACUGUGCAAAAGUGUUGAGUCAUGCCUCAUGAUUUCCUUCCAGCUCUAUGUGAUCUGGAUCAGCACUUCUCCAGAGUUUCUGACGUCUCUUUCGUCUCUUUGCUUAAAUUUUUUCUAUUCCUUAAUUACAUGCCGUUCACAUACUGUUCAUGUGCUGUAGAUGCGUUUUUAGUCCUGUAAAUCAUUCCUUUAUUUGCCUUUUCCCCCUCAUUUCUGAGCACAUGAAAUAUUUAGUAAGACCUUUAGAAACUCUGGAGAAAAACUGAUCUGAACCACAUUUAAAGGUUGCAAGAACCGGAAAGAACGAAAUCAGCAGUGACUGAAGACUUUUGCACAGUUCUGUAGCUCAUAUACCAGCAGUUUUCAGUCCAAAACAGCUGCUAUUAAUUCCCUCACCAAAUUUAAUACAUCACCUGAAAACUUGACAAUUUUUUUAAAAGGUUCCAAACAAGAAGUUAGAAAAUUCAAGCACACAUUCUUCUAAUUUUAUAAAAGUAAAUGUUUUUCAUUUUUUAACUUUCUGUAAAUGCCUCCUAUGGAAAUAACCAAGCACAACUAGAUCUCUGUGUCAGCCUUUAGAUUUUUGAAGCGAUGUCCUGGUUGCCCUUCUGAAACUGCUGCUGAAUAUUCCGAUACCAGAAGUUAAUAAUCCCAGAGUCGUGACAUCUAAGAGUUCAACAUCACUGUUUAAUUGUUGCUACGUUUUUGCAUUGUUUAUAUUUUUGAAUGAAAGCACAGGUUUAUGGGGCAGGUAGAGCUCAAAAUGUCCCUGUUUCCAGCAUUUCAACAACAAAAAAAGUGACCAACAAUAAUCAGCAAAUUACUCAAAGAGUCAUUGUAGUCGGUGAUGCGUUUCCAACAAAUCCGAAACAGCCUCUGACUGAAGACUGUUGCUGUGUCUUAUGACUGACAUGAUACGCUAAUAACUCAGUAUCUGGGCAGCUCCACAGAAAAGUCCUGGAUGACAUCAUCCGUUGUUAAGUACUGGUACUGCUAAUCCACCUCACUUGCUUUUACUCUUUAAAUCUGAAAUUUCUGGUUGUUAAAAAGAACUGUUCCUAAAUCUUUCACAGUAGUGCAAACUUUUUACAUUUUACCUUUGAGGAUCAAGCAACACAAAGACACACUCUGCUGCUUUUACCCACUGGAGACACAAAUUCCUCUCAGAAACUGAAAGAAACCAAAAACAUUUCUGAAAGAGUAUAUUUUUUAGGUUUACUUGUUUCAGCAGAUCAAAACUGUGUGACAAUAGUAUUAUGCCAGCUCCAAUUUUAUAAUUAUUUACUUUACAAUAUGAAAAACUACAUUCAAGUUAGAUUUUAAUUAGACAUAUUUUGUUUAAUUUAAUGUUUUGGCUCUCCAAGCAAGCAGGUAUUCUUCGUGGAGUUUGAUCAGAAGUUCUUAUUUCUAGCAACUCAGACUUUUCUCUUUGUUUUGUCUUGCAGGUUCUGUUGUAACAGCUGUUUGGGUCAAUUGGUUCAUGUUAUUGCACGUUUCCCUGUUUCAGAAACCUUUGCCCCCAUUGAAAAAGCCCUUGUUGUUUCUAGAGAUUUACUUUUGGCUUUUUAACAGCUGAUGAUUCGGGAAUCGAAAUGUUCUGCUUGGAAAACUUUUCUAACUUACUGCCUAAGAAACUGGAGAUCGUUCUUUUAUUGGUACACCAGCACAUGCACAUGUAGCAGACAGUUUCAGGAUGAAAAGAGAUCGUAAAUGUCUGAGUAUCAGCUAAACUAAAACUUUUUGUUUCAUAAACCAGCCAAAUAUGCCAAGUUUCUCACUAAAAUCCUUUUCCUUAUCCUUCAAGAGAACAAUGUACCAGCUAUCCUAGUGAAUGAAUCAAUGCUUAUGUGUUUUUUACAGAAACAUGUUCAUGAGCUAAGUUUGGGUGAAAAUAAUUUAUGUUAUUAGAUUUGAUCAAACUGCAAACAUGGGACAAAUGCCCAGAGUGAUGAUGUGUCAUCUUUAAGAGGAAGAAUUUUACGUAUCAGUUUGAUUGGUAUAAACCGUUUAACCUGUUGCUACCACCCUCCACAUUUAUUCUUAUUCUUGGUAAAGAUAGAAAAUCUUUCACUGAAGUAGCAGAAUUUCAGGAAACAUUGUGGUUUGUGCAGUUCCAGUUAAAUUAAUCUUUUCCGUUACUGCUUAGGCUGUGAGCGUAAACAAGCUUAGGCAAGCCAAUUCCAGAUGGAUAAGGUUUACGUCACUUAAACGGCAUGUUCUCAUCACUUUGUAAUAUUUAAGAUUGGUUAAGAGACAUGGGUCUCUGUGUAACCUAUUUAUUCCCCAUGGAAAAAAACAUAGACAAAAACAUUAUUCAGUUGCGUGUAUUUCAGAGGAAUUGUUCAGGAUAAAAGUAAUUUGUGACAUUGGGAAUUUUGUUACAAACGACCAAUAAUGAAUGGGAAUCUUUUUUUUCCUCACUAAAUAAAUUAUCUUAAAUUAAGGGUUGGCUACUUCUGAAAGUGGAAUAAAGUUACUGCAAGUAGAUACUAAUUUAGCUUAAGCCUUUCUUCUACUAAGGGAGGGUAAAGUGUGACUAAUGCUGAGUAGCAAUAAUAAAAGCUCAAAAUACAAAGGUCAAACUCUAUAGAAAUGUUUCAGGUCAGGGGUCGGCACCCUUUAAAAUUCAACAAAUCAAUUUUGCACUUUUUCCUCCUUCAUACAAUUUAUUUUGAGCUGCGAAACUACAAUAACUUUCAAAAAUGAUAAGAAAGGUUCUGUAAUCGUUUUAUAAGAUCCAUAAAAGCAUGUUGUUUUUUUAUUUCAUAUUUUAAUAGAAGUUAAAAAGGAUUUCGUAAUCUUAGGGAUAAUAAUAUAUUAUUAUUACUGCAGUUUGGUUCUUAAAGGGGCAGUAUUAUGUAAAAUUGACUUUUUUGAGCUAUCCAUCAUGUUAUAAUGUUAUUUUCUCAUCAAAAACAAACCUGGAGUGCUACCUUGAUUCUUUCAUGCAUGUUUGAGAAAUCCUAUAAUCUCCAUGGCAACCAUUCAGCUUGGUGGACAUAGCUCUUCCACCUAGAGGAUGCAGUUUUCAAACUUCCAAGCUUUAACCUCACAGAGCAGCCCUCCCCCAUUCAGCUCCUUCAGACUAGCCAGCAGCAAUUAGCAAACACCUGAGCAUUUGGUGAGCCAAUUUACAAGAUGCUUCUCAGAGCAACGCUGGUAAAUAUGUUGCUAAAGAGUUAAUAGAGGAGCCAUGUUGUGAUGACUUCCUGAAGGCAGAGAACAGGAGUUUUUAAAGAGACAGGGACCCAAUUUCAAGGCACUAAAUUACAAACUAUAAUUUCCUAUAUGUCAUAUUAAAUAUGUAUAGCAUUUUUAUAACAACUAAAAGUAACAGUUACUUAAUUGAGCAAAAAAUGGCACUAUGUCCAUGAAAAUUCAUAAUACCGCCCCUUUAAAUUACAUAAAAACAAACUGUUGAAACACUGCUUAGUUAUAUCUGCCCAAACUUAUUAAGUGAAGUCCCUAAAGAGCUAAAGGUUCCAGUUCCCUGUUUGCAAAACAAAUUGUGUCAUAGAGCCAUCAAGUGUUUUUAUGCAUAUUUAUUUAUUCCAAAUAUGUAAAUGUGGGGGUGCUAACAGCAGCAAUUCGUUCAUUGCAGUAAAAGAUGCUAAGAGGUUCAUUUAAGUCCAGUAAAAUUAGAUUUGCUGAGCAGAAAAUGGCGUCCAUUAACUGUUUACAGGGUCUUGACUGACUGUCAGGCGUCCUGGGAACCGCCUGAUAACAAUUAAACUGUUUGUCUCCAGAUUUGUGUGAUUAACUGUUAACAUAAAGGAAUGUAUAGAUAUUAAUUUAAAAAACUCCAAAAACCCUCUCCAAGUACUAGAAGCUAUUUAUGUUUUUAAUUUCAAGGAAUUGUUAGAAAAUGAUUUUAAAAUUUUGCUUCAUUUGUAGAUCUGUAAACUUCAGUCUUAAGUCAUUGUUUUAUUUAGAUCAUAGGCAGCCAGUCUUGGUUGGAUUUUUUAAAACUUUCUGUAUACAGGUUUUUUUUUGUAUGUUUGUUUUUUUUUGUUUGUUUUUUAUGUGGUUUGUAUGGCACACUGCCCAGGGCAGCACAUAAUUGGGGACACGUAAGCACUUGACUAUUUUUUUGUUUUGUUUUCUGCCAGUUGUGCCCCAAACAGGUUUAAUUUUGCUUCCACACAUGUCCCUUCAAUACGAGGUAAUCAUUGUAGGAAAAUACAUCUACAACAUUUGCAGCCUCUUGUGUAUUUUCCACUGUCUUUUUAAUGAAUUGUGGCUGUAUUUAAUCAUCUAUGGCUCAUAAAUGGAAUUUAUGAAACCUUUAUUCUGUUUGUUAAAUUACAAAUGGAGCAAAGGACAUUUUAAUCUUAAACUGUUGUUGGGAUGGAGACAAAGGGGAUCCGCCCAGGGCAACAUUAAAGGAUGAGCCGCCACUGUCCUUAUGGAUGUAUUUACUCUCAGUCGUGUUGCACUUUAACCAUUCUGAUGGUGGGAAAAACUUAACUUAAACUAUAAAAGCACAUGUGGUAGCUACAAGGGGUAUAUUACUCAAUGUGAGUGAUUUGAUGCACAUGAAAAUAUUCUGAGAUUUUCUCUGUUUUGUGUGGUGCAGAAUAUAAGACCAAACAUAAGUAACUCAGUUUUGCAGUGUAACGACAUGGUGUUGGUUUCUUGUGCCCCACUCGAUGCAUGUGUUUGAAUGCAUUUUGAAAUAAAUCCUAAUCUGUUUUAUUUUAUUUC